CAGGGGAGCGUUUCACUAACGUACUUACGUUAUCGUAACUCGAGUUUGAACGUAAGUUUUUGCGUAAGCAAAAGUUACGUAUUUAUUUGCGUUUCACUAAACUUUCUUAGCUACGCAUUUGCGUAAGUUUAAACGUAAAGUUACGGUCACUUAUUGCUGGCGUAAAUUGCUCGUGCAGUGCGUAAAUAUGGCCGCCGUAUUAUUGUUCGACACUCAGAGACGUCGACCUCUGCCACGAAUUUUCCGUGAACGGACAGACGUCCUCGACAAUUUGAGGGACAGGGAAGUGGUUGAACGGUACCGCCUCUCGCGGGAAGCAAUUUUUGAUUUGCAUAAUCUCAUUAAAGAUGAUAUAAGCUCAUCUUCAAAUAGAAGUUUUCCUGUGCCGCCUUUGACAAAGCUUCUGGUCACUUUGAGAUACUUGGCAAAGGGAGAUUUUUUCAGUGAGACUGGGGAUCUACAUGGAGUUAGUAGGAGUUCAGUGAGCAGACAUGUAUGGCAAGUUGUGAAUUCAAUCAAUGAAAGACUGGAAAACAUAAAGUUCCCAACUUCAUCAGCAGAUAUAUCAAAUGUGAAGAGAGGAUUUUACAAGGUGGCAGGUUUGCCUAAUUGUGUUUUGUGCUGUGGAUGGGACUUUUGA